CUCAGCUGGCGGCGUUGCCCUUUUAAGACCCCGCCCACUCGGGGCGUGCGCGCGGUGACGUCAUUACCACAAGCCCCGCCCUCUCCCCGCGAGAGCCGCAGCGGAGCCCAGCUCCCGGACACUCCGGACACCGCUGGACACUCCCGGACACCGCCGGACAUUCGAGGCAGCAGGAUGGCCCCGCCCGUGCCCGCGCUGACCCCGGAGCAGAAGAAGGAGCUGGCGGCCAUCGCCCAGCGCAUCGUGGCCCCCGGCAAGGGCAUCCUGGCCGCUGACGAGUCCACUGGCAGCAUCGCCAAGCGGCUGAGCUCGGUGGGCGCGGAGAACACGGAGGAGAACCGGCGCUGGUACCGGCAGCUGCUCUUCACGGCCGACAAGCGCGUGGAGCCCUGCAUCGGCGGCGUCAUCCUCUUCCACGAGACCAUGUACCAGAAGGCCGACGACGGCCGCCCCUUCCCGCAGGUCAUCCGCGACAAGGGAGCCCUGGUUGGCAUCAAGGUGGACAAGGGCGUGGUGCCCCUGGCUGGCACCAACGGCGAGACCACGACCCAGGGGCUGGACGGGCUGAUGGAGCGCUGUGCCCAGUACAAGAAGGACGGCGCGGACUUUGCCAAGUGGCGCUGCGUGCUGAAGAUCACGGCGCACACCCCGACGCGCCUGGCCGUCAUGGAGAACGCCAACGUCCUGGCACGCUACGCCAGCAUCUGCCAGCAGAAUGGCAUCGUCCCUAUUGUGGAGCCCGAGAUCCUCCCGGAUGGUGACCAUGACCUCAAGACGUGCCAGUAUGUCACUGAGAAGGUGCUGGCAGCCGUGUACAAGGCGCUCAGUGACCACCACGUGUACCUCGAGGGGACGCUGCUGAAGCCCAACAUGGUGACAGCGGGCCACGCCUGCGCCACCAAGUACAGCCCCGAGGAGAUCGCCAUGGCCACCGUCACCGCGCUGCGCCGCACCGUGCCGCCUGCCGUGCCAGGUCAGUCGCUGCGUGUCCCCGUGGCGUCACUCGCUGUCACUCGGUGUCACCCGGCGCUCAGAGUGAGGAGGAGGCGGCGCUGUCCCUCAGCACCAUUGAUUGCUGUCCCCGUGUCCCUGUGUCCCCAUGUCCCCGUGUCCCCAUGUCCCCGUGUCCCUGUGUCCCCAUGUCCCCGUGUCCCCAUGUCCCUGUGUCCCCAUGUCCCCGUGUCCCCGUGUCCCCAUGUUCCCGUGUCCCCAUGUCCCUGUGUCCCCAUGUCCACGUGUCCCCAUGUCCCUGUGUCCCCAUGUCCCUGUGUCCCCAUGUCCCCGUGUCCCCAUGUCCCCGUGUCCCCGUGUCCCCAUGUCCCCAUGUUCCCGUGUCCCCAUGUCCCCAUGUCCCCGUGUCCCCAUGUUCCCGUGUCCCCAUGUUCCCGUGUCCCCAUGUCCCCAUGUCCCCGUGUCCCCAUGUCCCUGUGUCCCCAUGUCCCCGUGUCCCCAUGUCCCUGUGCCACACCAGUGUCCCCAGGCUGAUGUCACAGCGAUGUCACCGUGUCACUUUGCUGUCCCC